UGAACGUUCGAGUUUUGUAUCACUCGGUAGUCGGUUGUCGCUCGGCAAGUCAGCAACGCGAAACGUCCUCCAUUACAAUCCCCACUUUUCGUGCUCGACUCGUUUGGUCGUAUUCACUAUUCAUCAAAUCGUCACAGCGCAGCGCGUCGGUGCGAUCGAUGGUCGUUCAGAAAGUAAUUUUCCGUCGAUUUGUUUUACGGUAUUUAAGUGGAGCUAUAUUACCUCACGAUAAACUAAAACUAUUUUAUCUUUGGUAUUGUGAAAGUGGCCCAACACUAGUUACCUGCUGUCAUAAAAAAAAACGUUGAAUGGCGGCCACGGAUGCGUUAUUUGGAUUUGGAUUAUUUUGUGACAUUUUGUGUUGAGUGCAAGAGGAAUUUGUGAAUUUUCCUAAACUAUUUGGAUUUUUAGCCAUUUCACAGUGAAUCAUCUGGAUUGCUUUAAAGAAUUUGUGUGUGCGUUAAAGUGUUAAAUAGAAUGUUAGAUGUUCGUCAUUAAUUAUUUGGAAUUUGCGUUGCUGCUUUGGUGAAGCUCUCAAACCGUGGCCUCCGGGGAAAAGGCGGGUGGUACACGUAAUAGUCCACCGAAAAGUGAACGCCAAAUGUGCUUGAUUGAGAGACGGGAAACAAAGCUGUCUCCUCUAAACAUGACGAUAGCAACGAGGUUACCACCAACGCCAAAUGCGUGUUUGGAAGUGGGCGCACCCCUCAACAGCUGGUCUUCAGGAGUCGCUUGCUGUCCCAACUGCAGGCAUGAGCUCAGAGUGUCACUGGCCUGUGCGAAGGCACAUACACAGUCUAUGACACCCGCGACACCACCCUUCACCCUCCAGCCAACAUACUUGCCUCAUUCACCCUACGCUGCACCUGCAUCACCUUUAAUACCAUCACCUUAUAAUGAUGAGCUGAGGAGGUUAGCGGAUACGCUCAGAGCGUUGAGGCUAUCAGGGUGGUACUAUGGGAACUUGGAUUGGCAGGGUGCUCGAAGUUUACUCAAAGAUGCAAGUGUGGGAGCCUUUGUGAUACGAGACUCCGGUGACAGAAACUUCAUAUUCUCACUGUCCGUGCAGACAGAGAAGGGCCCCACGUCUGUCAGAUUACACUACGAACAGGGCUUCUUUAGGUUAGACUGUGACCGUCCCCUCGCAAGGUAUAUGCCGCGAUUCCGAUGCGUCGUAGAGCUGGUACAACAUUACACGAGGGUGGGUGAGCGGGGCCCGGCCGGUACUGUGUGGGUCGACCGCGAGGGCUGCCCACACUCCCCCGUGCUCCUCAAGACCCCACUAAGGAAAUCUCCGCCUAGCCUCCUCCAUACAGCAAGACUGGCAGUCCAUAAAGCUUUGGACUCGAACCCUCUAACGCCCAAACUGUGGUGUGCUCCAAAACACAGGUUACUGCCUUUACCCUCAACGCUUAUAGACUAUCUCGGGGAGUACCCGUACUCGAUCUAACAUAAGGAUCUGUGUUUUAGUUGCUAAUGUAGCCCAAUUGUGUCUUAGAACCUAUAGCAUAGGCGUGCUAGUGAGGCAUGGCAGCAGCAUUCUUUUAAAAUAUCUUCUAAUAGUUGCAGACACCAGAGUGAAAACUGAUCUCGUUCUUUGGCCAUCCAUACAAAUUCAUGAACUAUAAGCCUGAAACAUCAAAAUCCAAAUUUCUUAUUUCGUUCAUUUUAGUAGGUACUUAAUUCCAAAUUGACACUGACCAUGUUAAAUAUGUACACUAGAAUUGACACUACCUAUUUUUCUGUACUGGUUUUUCAAUUUUUCUGCCUCACUGUCUCCGUGUAAUAUAGGCGUAAAGACGCAUAGUGAAGAUAUUAGGGUAUUAGAUAAAAUAUUUAGCCUUCUAUGUAACCAAUGUAUGGACUAAGAAUUGCAUCCGCAAAUACAAAAAUGUUAAGGCUGGGCAUGGUAUCUACACACCUUGGGGUGCGUUCACACAUUUUCGCGCCGCUGUAUUUCACAAAUCUGGUCUAAAGUAACGCUUGGUCGCAGCCAGUUACCACUUUAACGGCAAAGGUACCAAGCGAUUAAACACCCCUCUAUAAUAUACGUUUGCAGAGAAACCGAUUAAUAGUACCUGUAUUAAAUGACCAUACUCCUUUUGAGUUGGCAUGCUAGUUAAUAUGGCAUACGCACAUACCAUUAGUCAACUGAUAGACUCAAAAAAGCUAGAACCUAAAGCCAGUCAAAAAAUCAUUUAUGAGUUGCAUUGUCUCAGCAUACCCGAAUAUGUGUGAAGGCACCCUUAUGUGUAAGUGUACAAAUAUAUAAUGUACUUUAAAUAAGUGAAUGCUAAACUAGUACCGGAUGCUAGGUAUACAAAGGGCAGGCUCCUUUAUGAUAAAUUACUAACAAUCAUUUACUUUGUAAUAGUUAAAUUAUAACCUAUGUAUUAUUUAUAAGUAUUGAAUAUGGGACUCAACUAUAUGGUAUUUAGUAAAAUGUUUUUUUUUUGUUUGGUUUAGUGUAACUGCACUGUCUGUAUAUAUAGAGAAAGGAUGUAUUAGAAAGCUAAUGCAAGACUGAAUUCCUUAAAGUAUAUAAUGUAACCACCAGAAUCACAUAAAAAUAUUCAUAUCGUCUUCAUUAAAAUAAAUUUAAACUUUUUUGCAUAAAACGUAAAGAAUAUUAUAUAAUAAUAUGUAACUUGUGUACACUCUUUUAAAACAGUAAAACAUAUUUAUGUUAUGUAUAUUAUAAUUCAGUUGUAACAUGUGUUAUAUAACAUGCUACUCUGUGUAGGAUGAAAGAUCACACUUACAUAUUAAUGGUUCAGUUUCCAUAUACUCCAAGAGUAGAUUAAUUCUGAUGUGUAAUAUUUUUAUUUAUGAGAGAAAUAAUCUGUUUAUUAUGAUUAAACAGGGCCUCUAUUCGCUUUGAUAUACAAAGAUUCUAAUUUACUUCUAACUGCAUUUGGUGAUGUCAAAUUUGACAGUUAUUGUAUGAAUAGGUUUCCAAUUUGACUUAACACAGUGUAAAGCGCGCAUUACGAAUUUCAUGUCAGAGAAUCGGGGCCCUGCUUGUUUCAUAGAUGCCUUAAUCUUGUCCAUUAUUAAUUUAAGAAAAUCAUCACACUAUUUUUUGUAUAGAGUUAUAUUUUAUUUAUUUCUCAACUAAUAUAAAUAAAUAGGCUUAACUUACUUACACAAUAUAUUUUUAUUUUGUUCCUAUCUAAAGAAUACUAAUAUUACUACAAUAGAAAACGGAACGAAUAAAUGUCAGUUUUUAAUGGUAACUUAUUGAAACAAUUAUUCUUAAUUAGUUUUUAGAUAGAUCGUUAUAAAAUAUUUUUGACCUGACAAUUAACUUUUCUUUGAUAGUUCUAAAUUUCUAUUCAAAAUUCUAAAUCAUACCAUACUUUAAGUGUUCAAUCGCAUUUGGUUGUUAAAGCCCUAUUGAACAUGAAGCAUACAAUAAAUUAUUAUUAAAAACAAGUGUUUUUCAGUAGAAAAAGUAGUAGUAGGUUCAGUAGUAGGUGUUUUAAAUUUCACUAGGACUAUUACUAUAGUCCUAGUGAAAUUUAAAAAGCCUAGCAAGAUGGUGCCAAUUUGGUUGUACAUAAAUUAUUAUUAUUCAAUAUACAAUAGUGACUUGGCUUUCAAAAUACGGAUUGAAUUGAGUAAAUCCUUUAUUAAUCAGUCAUGUUUAUUUAGAACUAGAUAAUAUGUAUCUGCGACUUCGUCGGCGUGGAUUUAGGUACUAUAAAAAUCUCGUGGGAACUUUGAGUUUCUGGGAUAGUACCAAAUUUCAUCUAAAUCGGUUGAACUGUUUGUCCGUGAAAAGACAGACAUACACACUUGCGUAUUUAUAAUAUUAUCAUGGAUUGCAUCUGCAAUUAUUUUUACGUGUAAAUCAAUUCUUUCAUAAUAAGUAUUGCUUGCUGAAAAGGAUAAUUAUAAAGAUUUGUGUACGACCGAAUUGGUAGGAGAACGCUUUUCUUAUAUAGUGGAUCAAUUAAAAUCUUUAUUUUGGCUGUAGAAUCAAAAUAUGGUUGUAAUGUCAAAAUGUGCCAUCAAUAUACGGGGUACUAUACAUGUCGCAGUUUACCGUCCAAUUUGCUUGAACCAGAUUCCAGUCUUAGUUCAGAUUGGAAGGUAGAUUAGGUGUGUAUGACCCCUAACAAUACAGUAUACUGUUUUUAGGUGCGUCCAGGUUAUAUAACAUGUUAUAAUACCAUGUGUAAUAUAGUGUGGACGCACCAUAAUUAAACGGAAGUAGGUACUUUUGAGGCUGAGUAUGUAUAUAGUUCGUUUUCGUUUAAUACCUAUUUAUUUCUAAUUGUAAUUUAGUGUAGCGAGAAACCUUAAUUUAGCAAGUUGUAUUAUUGUAUACCAUUUAAUGGUUGUCUAUGUCUAGUGUAGUCUAAGGGUUUGGCUAGUGAUUUUCACUAAUAUAGAAUUAAUAAUGUACCUUGAAUAAUCUCAAUUAGAAUUAUUUUAAGAUUCACAAUACUUUUUGUUUGAGAAAAAUACUUAAAACUUGACCAAUCAUUUGACCAAGUUUAGCCAGAUUUUAGAAAUUUUCAGCCUCAAAUUUAUGCAUUUGUUUUAUUUCUUUAUAGACCUUACACCUUUAUAAAAAUGUUAAUAACUAGUGACAUAAUAGAGAAAGUUUGUUCGUAGACUAAUGUAUGAAAAGAACUGCAAGUAAUUUAUAUAAAAAAAUAUACAAUUUCGAUCUAA